AUGUCUCGAACUCAAUCUUUAACGCCCAAUCCAGCCGCUAGUUUUACGUCCGGCGACGACUACGAUCGUUAUGGCGACAGGCACGGCGACAGGUUAAGCGACAGGUUGGGCGACAGUCUAGCCGACAGACUAAGCGACAGGUAUGGAAGCAGGCCGACUACACCCCGGUCCGGAGAUAGAGAAGCGACACGCGUUGGCGACAGGCUGGGCGACAGGUUAAGCGACACGUUCGGUGACAGGUUAGGCGACAGGUUGAGCGACAGGUUGAGCGAUGCGGCGUCGCUGCCAUUGCGGACGCAGACGAGCGCGUCGGUGCACCUUUUAUCGAGUGUGAUUCACCAGGAGGUUCUCCCCGCGCUUCUGAACGACAAGACGACGACAGCAGCAUAUUUGAGCGAUAAAGCUAGGGCUAGUCGGCAGGUUAAGUGGAAGGAUUUGGAGCGGGAUGGUGUAGGGAGGGCAAGUAGCGUGGUGGUUAGCGAAGUUGCGGACGAGUAUGGGAAAACCGGCCUGGAUUACCAUCGGCGAACAAUAAGCAACAGCGGGAUUCUUAAAUCGGAGCAGCGGCCGGGGACUCCAUCCUCGUUAGUGGCUUCCUCAAGUUCGUCUACAGUGGCUUCUGCUAUGGAGCAGACGCGUAUUGUGGCGAAGGAAGCGGUGAGAGUUGACUUGAUAGUGGAGGAUCUGCAGGAGCAGCUUCGCCGGGCGCAGAACGAAGCUUCCGCCGCGCAAGACGAGUGCGCGGAGUUGCGCCGGGGGCUGCAGUCCGCCUGGGAGGACGUGCGGGAGCUUGAGGGGAAGUUUGAGGGGCAGCGGCGGGAAUUGGAGGCGCAACGGCGGGAUGCGGAGGCGGAGCGGCGGGAGAAUGAAGCGCGGCGGAAAGUGCACUUCGAGGCGCAGGAGCGGGAGCUUCAGGAGCGGUGGCAGGCGGAGUUGCGCCAGCAGCGGGAGCAGUGGCAGGCGCAGCUGCAAUCGGCGCAAGAUGACGCGCGGAUGCUCCGGGCGGAGAACGACGCCCUCCGCGGAGGGGCGGAGCUUUCCCGAGAACGGCUGGGCUCCGCACUGGCGGAAAGCCGCGAGCUGGAAGACGGGCUGCGCGCAGCGGAGGCGGAGAGGCGGAAAGCGGAAGAGAGUUUCAAAGCAACAAAUGCGCAGAUGGUGGAGUUGCGCGCAAGUGCGGAGGAGAUGCGCGCGCGGCUGGUGAAGGAGCAGGAGCGCGCGGCGGACUUGGCGCUGGAGAACGGGAGGUUGCGCGGGGAGGUGCGCCAGUUGGCGAGCGCAAACGCGGAGCUCCGGCAGUUGGAGGAGGCGGCUCAGGCGGCGCAGGCGGAGCUGCGGAGAGCGCUUGAGGAAUGCGCGGAACAGCGGGAGCAGGUCCGCGCGCUGGCCACCAAAGGCGCGCAAACUCAGAAGGAGCUUGCGGAAGCGCGGGAGGAGAACGCGGAGCUUUUGGGGGAGCUCGCGGAAGCGAAGGGGAGAAACGAGGGCCUGCAAAAGCGGCUGGACGCGGCGACUCUCUCGCGCGGAGGCGGAGGCGGAGGCGGCGGACCGGGCGCGGAUAGCCUCCGUGUGGGCGGAAUGGCGGUAGAUGGGGAGGCGGCGCAGGCGUUGAAAGCGGAGCUUGCGGUGAUGGUCAGGAGAAAUGAACAGAUGAGGAGAGACCUGGAGCUUGCCUGCCGGGAGAUCAGGCACUGGCAACGGCAAGCCGAGUCGCAGGUGAAAACGCAGGGGGCCGGGGCGGAGAGGAAGGAGGGUGAAUCCUGCAGCUGCGGCGGGUUCGGCGGUAGUAGCCCGGCUAGCAACGCCUCCCCCAGGCUGGCUCGGCCCGGAGCAACCAGGCUCGGCAACCUACGCAGCCCCGGCGACGGUUCGGUCGUAGGCUCGGAGCUGGGUAGCCCGGCGGCAGGUGGCGGUGGUGGUGAAGGUGCUACUGGGGGAGGUUUAUCUGGGGGUAAUAAGGGCCCCGUGGAUUCGCUUUUGGUCCUACUGCGGCAAGAGAAUGAUCGGUUGCGCGGGUCUCUUAAAGAAGCAGAGGCGCGGAUAGAAGCUCUUAACGCGGAUGUAGUGACGGCGGAGGCAGCAUUGGCGGCAGCCCAGUCAGCAAGGGACGCUGCUGAGUCAGCGAGAGUGGCUGCUGAGUCAGCGAAGGAGGUGGCAGAGGCGGGGAAAAAGGUGGCGGAGGAGGGGAGGCUGCAGGCGGAAGAGGGGAGGCGGAAGGCGGAGGAGGGGAGGAGGCGGGCGGAAGAAAGUGUCCUGCGGAGCAUUCUGGGGGAAAGGGAGAGGAGAGAGGCGGAGAAGGGGCGGCAGAGCGGAGGGGAGAGGGCAGAAGAUGGGGGAUACACGUAUAGGAUGGGUAGUACCGUAAGUUCCCCCUGCGGCCACAAGGUAGCUGGUUCAGCUGCACCGGGUUACUCCCCAGCGGGUGCACACGAAGCUGGAAUAUCCAGGGUAAUUAACCCUGGAGAAGGUGUAUCUCGGAGUUUGCUGGAGAUGGCGUGUCGACCGCUGGAGCGGACGAUUGGUAUCCGCGGGAGCAACAGUAGUGUGCUGAGCGGCUGUAGCACGGCGAGCGGCAGCAGUAUUAUCACGCACGGCAGCAUGGGCAGCAGCAGCAUCAGCAGCAGCGGCAGCAGCAGCAGCAGCAACAGCAGCGGAAGCAGCCUUACUUGGUGUCCCGAAUACCUCUCUGGUGGCAGUGGCGGGGGGUUAUCGUUAGUAGGGGCAGCGGAUGGGAAGGGAGGGGUGGGCGCAGUAAGCGGCGGAGGGGGUAGUGAACAGAAGGGCAAGUGGGAGCAGGGAUUGGUGAGCGGAGGGGCAGGGGUGGUGGUGGAAGGGAACAGUAACGGUCAGCUUAUUGAGCAACUCAAUAAGGAGAACCGCGGGUUGAAGACGCUCGUCCGCUUCUUGCAGACGAUGCUGGUGAAGCAGGAGGAGGAGGCGUCCCUUAUCAAACGAGAGCUGGAGGAACUGCGGCGACAAGCAGGGUUAGGUGGAGGAGCAGGAGGAGGCGCAGGGGCAGGGGCAGGGGCGGGGGCAGGAGUACAGGAAGUUACGCCUCUCAGCAGUCCUGCCAAGCCUGGUUCGGAGGCUCGGGCGCGGAAGCAGGAGGAGGCCGCCAAGGCAGCUGCUUCGGGAGGUGCUGGGGCUGCACGAGCUGAAGCAGCAGCAGGAGCUGUGGAAGCAGAGCGGGUGCAGCUGCGGGCGCGGAUUGAGUUUCUGGAGAGGGAAUUGUGGGUGGCGGAGGAGAGGCUGCGUCGGACCGAGGAGAAGGCAGCAAGAUUAGAGAGCGAGCUUGAGAAGUCGCAAUCCGAAGCUGCUGCUGCCCGAGCCAAUGCCGAAGCUGCCCGCGAGGUUAUUUCCGAGGCUGAGCGCCGGGCUUCCGAGGCUGAGCGCCGGGUUACCGAGGCUACAGCUCGGGCGUCCAGAGCGGAAACGGAUGCUCGGGUGUCAAAAGCGGAGGCUGAGGCUCGGAUGUUCCGGUCUUCAGGGACUGAUGCUGGUCAGGUCGCCCAAGCUGAGGCUCGGGCAGCAGAAGCCGAGGCUCGGGCGAGGGAAGCCGAGGCACGGAUAACGGACCUGGAGGCUCGGCACGAGGAGCUGACGCUUCAGCUACGAGCAGCGAAGGCCCGGACGGAAAAGCUGAGCAUGCGGGUGGUGCAUGCGGCACACGGCGACAAACGGCACGCGGAAGAAUCAGCAGCGUUUGCGGAGGCGAAGCAGAAGACUCUGAUCCAGCUGGCUGAAGAGGUGGAGGUGCUGAGAGAUGAAGCGAGGGAGGCGAGAGCUGCUGCCAAGGCGAGGGAGAGGGAGGCCGCGAGGAGCAGAGAGGAGCUGGCGAAGGUGAAGAGGUGGAUGGCUGGACGGGCUGGGAGAGGAAGGGCGGGGGCAGCUGCUGGGGGGGAGAAUGUGUGGGGAGGAGGGGGGAGUGCUGGGGGGAGUGGAGGGGGGGGCGGCGGGGGAGUGGGUGGAGGGGGGAGCUCCUCGGGGGGGAAUGGGCAAGGGGAAGGGGGAAAUGUUGGGGUUGUGGUAGGAGAGAGGGGUGGUGGUGGUGCUGCUGGGGGAGGUAGGGAUAGUGGGAGUGGGGGUGGUGAGGAGGAUGGGGGGGGUAGCCCUAGUGGAUUGUGGGAGGGGCAUCAGCAGGAUCUGCGGUUUGGCGAUAUGCUCUCGUGGCCGUUUGAUCUCGUGCUGCCGUCGAAGUUUCUUGGGAGUGGGUAUCAAAAUCCCUGA